GUGCCCCGCCGGGCCGGCAGGGAGCCGUGCGGAGCUUCGCUCCCUUGUCCCUCCGCCGUGUGUGGCCGCUGCGCUCGGCGCUCGCUUGCUCAGGCCUGCGGCCCCCCUAGGCUGAGGGAAGGGGGCGAUGCUCGCUGCCGCCGCCGCCGCCGUUUGAGCCUCCGUCCCGCGGCGCCGGGCAUGGGGCUGGGGUCGAGCUCCGAGGUCCCCGACGGCGGCGCCGAGGGUUUCCAUGUACACGGGGUUCAAGAAAACUCCCCGGCUCAACAAGGAGGACUGGAACCUUUCUUUGAUUUCAUCAUUGCCAUAGGACACACUAGGCUUAAUAAAGAAAACAAUAUGUUGAAAGAUCUGCUGAAGGCAAAUGCUGAAAAAGCAGUGAAGCUGGAGGUGUAUAAUAUCAAAACAAUGAAAAUAAGAGAGGUGGAGGUGAUCCCGAGUAACAUGUGGGGAGGCCAAGGUCUGCUUGGAGCCAGUGUGAGGUUCUGCAGUUUCCAGGGAGCCAAUGAACAUGUGUGGCAUGUUUUGGAUGUGGAACCUGCGUCUCCUGCAGCUCUCGCCGGUCUCCAGCCGUACACCGACUACGUUGUUGGAUCCGAUCAGAUUCUUCAGGAGUCAGAGGAUUUCUUUUCACUGAUUGAAUCCCAUGAGGGGAAGCCGCUGAAGCUGAUGGUUUAUAACACUGAAGCAGAUUCCAUUCGUGAGGUAGUUGUGACUCCCAAUGGAGCCUGGGGUGGAGAAGGAAGUUUAGGAUGUGGUAUUGGAUAUGGCUAUUUGCACAGAAUUCCAACACAGUCUAUAAUAUCAAAGAAAAAGCCAGAAAGCAAACCACCUUCACCCUUACCAGAAGGUGAAACUCCUGUACCAUCUACUAAUGGUUACACAGAGACUCCGUUAUUGGCGCCUACUUCUCAGAGUGACAGCUCUGAAAUAAUUACGAACUUGGAUCAUUCCACAGAUAAAGAAAUGAGCGGUCAUUCACCAGAAAGCUCACUUUCUCCUCCUCCCCCUCUCCAGAGAGUUAUGGAUCCAGGAUUUCUAGAUAUGUCUGGUAUUUCAUUUCCUGAACUCACUAACUUAACAAAAGUGUCCAACAUGUCUUCAUCUGUCUCCUUCAACAUGUCAGCAGCAGAUGCUUUAGUGGGCACUGAAAAGUUAAUGUUGAACAACGAUGCUUCUGCUUAUUUUGAAAACUCCCCAGCUUUGGACCCUGAAGAUAUAACCAUGUAUUCCGAAGGCUCAGUCAAGCAGCCUGAGUUGGACAACCUACUGCCUUCUGUUCCAUCGUUACCUUCUUUUGCUCUUCCUAAUGAAAUUUCUUCAAAAACAACACUAGGAACUGAUCCAGAUAACCAAGAAACAAAGCUGCUCUUAAACAGUAUCGAGAGCUCGUUAACCAGUACUCCUGUGAAGGCAGAUGAUGCAGCAGCAUGUGAACAGAAAGAAGCAGCAGCUGUACAAGAUCAUGAGUGAAACGAUGCUGCUUUUGUUUACAGACUGUCAUAUGCUGUAAUGCUACAGCUUGGAGUAUUUUUCUGAUCUUGAAAGAAUUAUGGUUACUCUAUUUUGUUAGUGUAGACAGUAUUAUAAAAGAAACUACACAAAAUACAUAUCCUAUUGUCUUUUCCAAUCACUGUUUAAUGGAUUGAUCUGUGUUCAAACUUUGCUGUCCAAAAUCACCAAAUUAAUGGAGAAAUUAAUGCAGAAACACGUUGGAGACUGGCAAAAUGUCAAGUUCCUGAAUUCACAUUUGCUUACAAAUGCUCCUGAAUGUAUUUCUGAAGGCACUCUGCCUGAACAGUGACACUUAACAAUGAUUUUUUUUCAGGAUGAUUGAUGGCAUUAAAAAAAAGUAUUUAUGGUUUUGACUUGCUGGAAGGCUUUUUGAAGGGCACAGUUCUUAUGACUUUCAAGGCAUUUCCUACCCUAAGGUAUCUUUAUUCCUACUUACUAUUCUGCAAACUGUUGUUUUUCUCGUUUAAAAUUGUUGUUUUUCUUGUUUUAGGGUCCAUUCUCUGUAACAGUUAUUUAUGUACCUUUUCUACACCUACUGUUGCAGGAAGGGAAGUACCAUAUGGUUUGGAGUUGCAGCAGAGACACGGGACAACAUUAUGUUUGUGGGUCCUGUCAGUCACUUCAGUUCUAGUGGACCCUGGGGUGGUCUCACAGUUUCUUAAAAAAGAAGUAGGACAGAAAUUGUAAUGACUGAAACAAACUGAAGUCAAAGAUGAUUUUUCAUGUGUGUUUUCAGAGUGAUUAACACUUUCAGUAGAGAUGAAUACGUCUCUAGUUUUUGUAGAGACAGAGAAAUAGCUUUUCUUGAGUUGUGCUUUUCUAUUUACCUAUUUGUAUUCUUAUUUCAAAUUGUAAGUUUAAGACAUGAGGCUGGAACAUCCAUUGCUUUUUGCAGCUUCUUUGUUUGCACUUGUCUUCAGAUUGCUUUAAUUGUUCAUUUCAUGUUUGCUAUUACAUGCAGAAGCUCCAUGGAUGUUUUUGUGCCCCCCAGAGCAAUGACUUAUCUUGGCAUUUUAAAGCUGCUGACUGGGAAUAACUUCAGUGUAGUUGGUACAGUUAAUGUGGUGAAAAUCCUUCUUAAAUUAAGAGAAUGGGGUACAAGGUUAGGGGGUGUGUGUAAGCUAUAAACUAUAUUUAGCACUAUAUUGUCUAAUUUUCACUUCUGUCUCCUGAUCAGAUCAUCAUUGUGCCUGAUGGAGAUCAAGUGAAAAGAGUGCAGGCAAAGUCACAGCAUGAGAGGGCUUCAGCUGACUUACACCCUCACAUAAAAUCCAUCCUUUGUCUUCCUUCCUCUCCCUUGUUAGUCUUAAAUACUGUUUUCACAUAAACUGCAGUAGUUCUGAACAGGGUGGUCAAAAUAUAUUUUGCUUUAAAGAAGAAUGCAUUAAGCCCCAAUUGCAGGGAGUAGAAUUAAGAGAUUUGAAAUAGAUUUCCUCCUUUUUCCCCCUCAAUUGCUACAACUGUGAACAAACACUAAAAAUAAAUGUAAUGUAAGCUA